AUGGAGUUGGAAAAGAUGGACGCUGGUAAAGCUGAGGCUCCUGGAGGCAUUUCAGGUUCAUCAUCAUCGGAUGAAGCAGAAAUGCAACGGAGUACAGACUGGAAUGCGGUAACGAUGGCAGGAUUUAUAACAUUUCUUGCCGCUGUCGAAAAUACAGUUGUUGGAAUGUCAGAAUGGCCGUAUAUGCAUACGAUCGAUCUGGAAGCUACAUCACAAUUUUUUGGACUAGUUUCUUCUGUGUCGAAGUGUGGACAUGCAGUAUUUGCUGUCGUAUUCGCCUUCUGGAGUUACAAAGCGCAAAGUACAAAGAUGCCAUUAAUCGUCGGCAGGCUUAUCGCUUUCGCGUCUUGUUGUCUUUACUUAUGCGUGGAACUCCUGCCGUCCGGUAGACGAUUCCUCAUGUUGUUCUGUUAUUUCCUUUUUGGUGUAGCGAGCAGCUCGUCCACAGUUCUUCGAGCGUACAUAGCGGCGGUAAGUACGACGGAGGAUCGAGCACGGGCCUAUUCAGCGAUUGUUGUCGCCAACAUGUUGUCAGUCAUUAUCGGUCCAAUUUGUCAACUCGCAUUCUCGAACAUGCCCUAUCCUGGAUAUGAGCUGGUCAAAGGUUUCCUAAAAUUUCAUAUCUAUUCGGCACCGAUUUGGAUCGCAUCGGCGACAAAUUUCGUAUCGAUAGCUAUCAUCGUUUACGGAUUAAGGGAUGCACCUACGAAGGUUGAACACAAAGACGAGAAUUUAUUCGAUCUCAAAGCUAUUAAAGAGAAAAUAGAAGUGAUUUUUUCGAUGGAUUUGGCUUGGUCGUUAGUUAUACUGUGUUGGAUGGAGAAAAUUGUCAUCAACCUCUCCGUGGUCACAUUACAUUCCAUUGUUUCUCCGUUAGUGAUGAUUUCAUUUGGAUGGGAUGGUCAAAAGACGGUGAAAAUUCUGGCAGUAUGUAUGGGUUUUGUCGGCGUACUUUCAAUUUGUGUUGCCACUGCGUUCAUCUUUUGUCGUCUGGGGAAUAUAGUCUCCCCACGAAUUUCUUUCCUAAUCGCCGUUCUCGUUUCCGUUGUUAUGUACGUAUUAACGUACCCCUACGAAAUGACAAGUCACAAGAUGUACGCGUAUAACGCCACGACUGGAGCCGGAUGUAAUCCAAAAGAGUAUACAUGGUGUGAUACAGCAUAUGCAACAUGGGCAAUCGUAUUUUUGCCAGUGAUUUGUGUUGUGAUGGGAGUUGGUGUUCCUACCUCAAUGAUCUCGUUGGACACGAUUUACUCGAAGAUUCUCGGCAAUAUCGACCAGAGUAUGAUGCAAGGGGCAAUAGUAGUAGCAGAAGAUAUCAUUCUUAUCCUUGGCCCACUUUAUGCAGCAUCAUUGUUCAGCUACUCUGGUCAAGGUACACUUUGGUUCGUUAACGCAAUUAUCACAAUUGGUGGUAUUCUAUUAUGGCUAAGCUUCUUCCCGAAACUGAAGCGAUUUAAAUAG